GCAGCAGCAGCAGAAUGUUGACUGUCACCACCUCUACCUCCCCACCAUAGUUUAUACCAUACAUUCGCACAUCGUUACCACUAAUACUCGAGCAAUCGGAAACAACUCAAUUGGCAGUGGUUGGCAUCGCAGCGCCUUGAGUUGACGACUUGGCCACUGCACGCCGCAUUCGCAGUUUUGUGUUGUUCCGCUGCGGCCGGUCACUAUUCGCAUCCGCAUCCGCCUAACACGUUUUUCUAAUUUUGCGCUGACCAAGUUCAAGUCGAAAUUAUAGUCGUAGCCGUAGUUGUAGUCGUAGUCAAAGUCAAAAUCGAAUUCAACAUUGAUGUUAAUGUUGAAGUUCACUUCGCUACUUAUCUAACAUUCGGGCUUGUGACUUAGCGUACGCAUCCUUUAAAGCUUGCUGCUUCGGGUGAUCUCCAAUUGGUAUCAGCUGCGUUGGUUGACAACAAAGAGUGGCACCUUUUUAGUGACUCACGUCUAGCAGUCUUUCAGACUUCACCGUCGGCAAACGGCUUCAAAGCAUUCAAAGCAUUUAAUAAAUUAAAACGAGAAAUACGAUAUAUUCCUAAUAUAACGGUUUAGUGACUUAAAAGGUGAUUGUUAAAACACUAAGAUGGCUCGUCAAUUGAAAACAGUUCACUUUAUUGAUAUUGUGAUUAAGUCCAGCUGCUGAAAAUAGUGAUCUGUGGUGCAAAAGCUAUAAUUCACAAAAGCAAGUGUAAAAUAAAAUAAAAUAAUAAAAGUUUCAUAGAGUAGUAACUAUAAAUUAAAGCUUACGAAAUUUAUCAAAUAUUAAUGUACUUACUAAUCAAAAAACAAAAAUAAAAAACUUACAUAUAAAUGUUAUAGCCGAUUUCAACGUCUCUAGAAAAUUUCACAAAAUAUAAAUAAGCUUAAUAAAAUACAUAAGAAAAAAAAAAUAACUCAGUAAUAAACUAUAAAUUCCAGUCACAAAUUAAAAAUACAUUUUGAAUUAUCGAUUAAUAAAAAAUGUUCAACGACUUUUCAAUAUAAAUAUUAAAGUACCUUAGGUAAUCAAUUACUAACGACGGAUAAAAUUAGUGCCAUAACGACACAGCUUUGAUUGUAAAAGCACCGCGCGGAAAUACAUAGUUUUUGAACCCAAACAAAUCUGUGGAGCAUCAGCGUUCAAAGUGCAUACAUCUUAAAUUAACGUCGUAAAUGGAAAAGUUGCUUUUUGAAAUUCAAAUAGACCAAAUAAUAUUUGCAUAAAAAAUAGUGUAUUUUCCACGAAUAGUUCCAAAAGCUCGCGCACAAAGAUAUUCAACCAACAUUAAAAAACAAAAGAAAAAUAAGUCGCUUCUAGCAGCAGAAUCUAAGUGAAUAAUCCAAUAAUUCUCUGCAAAAAUUUGUAUGUAAGUGGAUUUCUGCAGUGAGUUAGGGAAUUUGUAAAUAUAACAGAUUUUGGGCGUGAUUGUGCGCGUAAAUACAUACAUACAUACGCAUAUAUGUACAUAUAUGCAAAAGAUAAAUAAGUUUUAAAAAAUUAAUCGUUUUUCCUACUUAUCUGAAAAAAAAUUUGAAAAAUUGCAUACUAAAAUUGCUAAAACAACAAACACAAAAACUUUUUAACAAAAUUUGCACUUCAAUUUGACACCGAAUAUUGCAUUCAAAGCUAUUUCUAAACACAAUAUUAUAGUUGCGGACCUAGCAAAUAAAGAAACUCCCUACGCUGGAGCCUUAAAAACAAUGCCAAGAAUUCUUUGAAAUCAAAUCUUUUCGUAUUUCGAUUGAAAUCUUACACCUAAAGUCGCAAGAGUUCUAUAUCAUCUAUAUAAAAAUUUGAAGUGCGCAUCGGAGCAUCGCCAUUUCUGUUUACAUUUGGCCGUCGUUACCGCAAGCGCGCGCCAUUAACGCACGCACAGUGAGUCAGGGCUUUAGCUGUUCUUUAAUGGUUUCUGAGGAUAAUUGGAAUAGCGACACAAUGUCCGAUUCGGACAUGCUCGAUUCAAAGGCAGACGUUUGUGGUGGCGCCUCCAGCAGCAGCGGCAGUUCGAUCUCGCCCCGAACCCCUCCUAAUUGUGCCAGAUGCCGUAAUCAUGGACUAAAAAUCACAUUGAAAGGACACAAACGCUAUUGUAAGUUCCGGUAUUGCACUUGCGAAAAAUGUCGCCUAACCGCCGAUCGGCAACGCGUUAUGGCGCUACAGACAGCAUUGCGACGCGCCCAAGCCCAGGAUGAGCAACGCGUUUUGCAGAUGCACGAGGUGCCGCCAGUCGUUCAUGCGCCCACAGCUCUGCUCAAUCAUCAUCAUUUACAUCAUCAUCAUCACUUGAACCAGAAUCAUCAUGCGACUGCCGCGGCUGCCGCUGCUGCCGCUGCAGCACAUCAUCAUAUUUCGACAGCAAUCCGAUCUCCGCCACAGACCGAACAUGGCAGCGGAGGUGGUGGUGGCGGUAUGGUAGGUGGCACAGUACCGACCAUCACCUCUGUACCUGUCUCAGCUCCACCACCGGAACAUCAUAUGACAACAGUACCCACACCGGCACAAUCGCUAGAAGGCUCUAGUGACACAUCGUCACCAUCACCAUCCUCCACUUCGGGUGCAGUAUUGCCCAUUUCGGUAGUUGGACGAAAGCCACUACCCCAUCCCAACGGUGUCAAUAUUCCUUUAGUACAAAAAAUUGCCUACUCUCUUGACUUCUCUCCUAUCAGCAACCUAGGCGAAAUGAACGCUUACUCACUUACCAACUCUUUACCUGUCGCCGACGACUACUCAAUGCCACCAGAUAAAGAAUAA